CGACUCGGUUCGAGUGAUUUAAAACUAUCGGGCGUCGGCUCGUGAUCUACGUCUAAAAUUGUAGUGCCUUGCCCAGUCUCGCCUAAUGCGAGAUAGCACGUUUGAUAUAGUGGCUGUAUACAAUUUCUGUAACUAACCUUGUUGCGUACGAGAAGUGAUUGACGAGACAACAAUAUGAAUUACGGAAAGAAAUCACCCAGCAUGGGGACGCCCUCGGUAUAUUCGCACGUCACCACGCGCAGCAGUGCUAAUUUAAAAUCUUCACGAUCCGUGCGUAGUGUCAAAAUACCCUGGUAUCAGAAGCCAAUCUUGACACAUGCUUAUGUGCUCGACAUUCAAAGAGGAGCCAUGUUAACUGCAGCAUUUUCAGUGUGUUUGGCUAUGUUUACAAUUUGCACCGCAAUAUUUGAUCUUUACUGUCUAUCUCAAGCUGCACCAGGUUCAACGCACUAUGGUUACUAUGUAAUAUCGUAUGAAUUUGUUUAUGUAGGAAAUCAACAUGUGCGGAAUGCUCUUGUUGUUUUUGCAAUAUUCUCCAUGCUUGGGGGAAUGGCAGUGUUUGCAACAUCUCUGAUACUAAUAACAGCCUUGCGAAAAGAGCACGAAAAGAAGAUGGUUCCUUGGCUCUACAGUUUUGCUGCUUUCAGUAUUUUCAGAUUUUUUGCAUUUUUAUUCUUCAGCACAGUGAAUGAUAUGAUAUUCGCCUAUAACAUCAUGAUGUGUCUUUUGUGGACGAUAUUUGUUUUAAUUUCUGUUUACGGGUGGCUGAUCGUCUACUCCCUCUAUAUUGAAUUGAGCGACCUCACAAGAUUAGAGGAUUUUGCGCAUUUAAGAAUUGGCACCAUGCAGUCGCUGAAUGCGUCUACUACUCACUCCAUUGCUGGUUCUCGACCGACGACACCUCAUAGCGCGGUGUCGACGAUGCCAGCCAAUUAAAUAUGAAAGUUCUCGUCAUUUUUAUCUAUCACUGUGGUCAAUAAGUCGCGUUACAUAUACAGUGGAAGUACGACACUGCCUUAAUGCCAUGUACACCUACGUUGGUUGUGCGUUUGUAGUCAAUCCGUCCACGUCUCGCAAACGUCCAUUCGUUAUAAAUUCCGUCCAGAAUUAUUAUUAUUAAAUAUAGAAUUGUAAGUGUACGACAGUACGAACCCUACGACAAACGAUUCGUACUUUCGUUGUAAAGAAAAAAGCAUCGUUUAUUAGGAAGAAAGAUGAAUUACUUGUAUUUAUAUUGACUUUUAUUACGCCUUAUAUUUUUAUUAAUAAAAUUUGCACGAAUA